UGAUAACAAAACCAUGUGGCCGGUUUUCACGCAGGAAGGUAAUAAACAAGAAAACUAUAAUUAUAGCCUCAUCAAUUUUGAUCAUCCUUCUCAUAAUACAAUGUAUACAGAAAACAUUGUUGGCAAUACAACUGAAAUUCCUCAAUCUUUACUUGUUAUAGAUAAUCACAACAUAGAAACAAAGCCACCCCAACUACAAUUACUUACACCUCCUUUAAGCUGCGGUGAUUUAAACAUUCCUAAUGGAACCGUUGUGCCUCCUGAUCUACCAAAAAUGUUUCUAGACUUAUUAGUACCUGUUCAAGGGCUUAAGAGUAAGAAGUUACCUUAUGAUUGUUCGUUAUGCGGGGAUAGAUUCGCAACUUGGAAUUCACUUGUAACACAUAACAAAUCUCAUCGCCGCCCAGCGUGCUUGGCUUGUGGCACUAUUUUACCUUCUGCCUCAAAACUCACUUCUCAUAAAGCCUAUUGUCAAGGGAAUUCGGAUGCAGUUGUUAUUACUUCAAAAUAUGGUAGAUCUCGACCUGUUAAAAGUUACCUUGCUAAGUUAACUUGAAAUGAAUUAUUUUUUUUUUUUU